CUCUGUCAUACCUCAGUUGUAAAUAUUAAAAUGAAUCCGCUAACAAAUAUGCGAAAUGUGCUCAAAUUAAGCGAGCAGGAGCUUAAAAACCCUAGUGGCAAGAGCUGGCAUGACAUGUACCGGGACUCCGCUUGGAUAUUUAUCGCCGGGUUUCCAUACACGCUCUCAGAGGGCGACAUCAUCUGCGUGUUCUCCCAAUAUGGGGAAGUUGUGAACAUAAAUUUGGUUCGCGACAGCAAAACGGGAAAAUCAAAAGGAUUCUGUUUCCUGUGCUACGAGGACCAACGCUCCACAGUGCUCGCCGUGGACAAUCUGAAUGGCAUCAAAAUUAUUGAUCGCACGCUGCGAGUUGAUCAUGUGGCAGACUACAAACCGCCCAAAGAUAAUGAGAAACUGGACGAAGAGACACUGCUGCUUUAUAUGGAAGGAUGUGCGCCAAAGCCUGUGAUUAAGCCUAAUCCUGCAGCCAGAGAGCCACAGUCUGACUUAAAGUUAUCUGAUGCUAUAAAGCAGGAGAAGCAGAAACGCAAAAAGAGUUCCAAGGAGAAAAAACAUAAAAAGCGCAGGAAAAGUUCAGAAUAGAUUUUGGAUAUAAGGCAUAUACCCCAUAAAAAUUUUUAGUAGCGGCUAGUAUUAGACUGCCAUGAAUUACGUUAAGCUUUGAAUUAAUCUGUACUUCACAGGGAAGUGCAAAUGUGUUUGUUACUAAAUUUCAUUCUCUAAUCAUCUCAAUCGAAUCGCAUUUCUAUAUACCAUAAUUACUAACUGUGGGCUGUAUAGACUUCUGCAAAAUAGGUAACGCCUUAAAGACUAUAUAGUAUAUUAAUAUAUAUGUUCACAUUUUGUUUUUUUUUAUAAGUACUCAUCUGCAAAGUUAGACUAGUAUAUCUUAUAGAUCAUAAAACUUAAGUCUAAACUUCAAGAUGGUGUUAGUACAAAAAUAAUUUUACUUAAAUCAACAGAAUAGAAUAAUUAAUAAAAAUUUAAAGCAUA